AUGAAGGCCUCACCUGUUUACCUGGCUGCUCUCUUCUCUCUCGUUAUUUCCCCUGGUGCUCGAGCCCAUGGUUUCGUAAAAACUGUUGAAAUUCUGGGCAGUGACUCGUUCAACGGGCCCAAGCCUGGUGCUACUGGAGCCAAUAAGUCGCCUAUUCGGGGUAUUACUGAUCAAUCUCCCGUCAAGAAUCUCCAAAGCAAAGAUAUAAUCUGCGGAAUUGGCGCAACACCUGGGUCCGUCGUUGCUUCUGCCAAGCCGGGAGAUACUCUUGUGUACUCGUGGGCGAACGAUCUUGCCGAUAACGGAAACUGGAUCCAUGAUACCGGUCCAAUGAUGACGUAUUUUGCGCAAGUGCCCUCCGGUCAGACCGCUGACAAGUUUAAUGGAGAAGGUGCCCAGUGGUUCAAAACUGACCAAGUGGGAAAAAAGAACAACAAGUGGAUUCAAGGUUCCCUGAUGACUGGUGCCACCUUCAAGACCAAGAUUCCGGAAACUCUCGCAAACGGCGAUUAUCUUGUUCGCCAUGAGAUUGUUGCACUCCACACCGCCGCGAAUAAGGGUGGGGUUGAAUUUUAUCCUUCAUGCCUCCAAAUCCGAAUCAAGAACUCUAAUGCUGGUAACGCGACGGUUACCGCGACUCCAACGCUCUCUUUCCCUGGCGCUUAUACCGCCGAUGAUCCAGGCCUUCUCGUGAAUGUCUUUGCCCAGGCUGCUGAUGGAAGCGAAUACAAAUUUCCCGCAGGACCAAUCGCUGAGGUCACAGCACCUGGAGCUACUGGCUCUUCGCCCAACGUUCUGAUCAGUCAGUCCGCAUCGCUGGUUACCGAAACGAGUAGUAGCACAAGUGCUCCCUUCACUCCGAGCUCUGUUAUAACUACUACAUCUCUUUCGGCCACCGCCACGGUUGUAACGUCAUCGGCCAUCAUAACAUCUGCUUCAACUACAACUUCAGCCACGGCCCCAGUUACGACUUCAAACACCGAAUUGCAAGGAGUUCGUCUUGCGAACGGGCGCGCCGCGCAGGCACUGAAUAUCCGUUUUCAAAACACAACAAUUUCAGAUAAAUGUGAGCCUCUCGAACCUGGUUGCGUUGGCGGACAGUUUGCGAUCUGUACUCAAGAGGGAACCUGGAGCCUCCAAGAUGCAUGCUUCAGUGGUACUUCUUGUUUUGUCAUCCCAUUGAAGAAUAUCAACGGCACCCAAGUUGGGUGCUUCCCUGAGUCGGUGGUCGAGCAAGCCAUAAUUGACUCUGGGGUCGGACGAGGUCCUGAAACAAGCACCAUACCUACAGCCACUGCUUCUUCUACCAGCUCAACCGUCUUGGUAUCCAGCGCUAUUAAUAGCAGUACCAGUUCCACGCAAGCAACUACUACGACCUCUGCCAGCUCGAGUGUUGUUGCGUCCGCUUCCACUGGAGUUGUUACGGUUAUCACUACCCCCGUGCCUUCCGUAUCAAGUUCUUUGCCUAUAACCACUUCUGGAACAAACGCAGGUACUCCGGCUGUUGUUAUCGGAGUUGGAGAGAGACCCGCCCGACGCAUGCUUCGCUGGGAGCGCCGUGGCAUAUACUAA